AUGAAGCAAUUAGCUAGAAACUACUUAUGGUGGGAGGGACUGGACGCGGACAUAGAACGUGUGUGUCGUGAAUGUUCAGCAUGUGCUUCACAGCGAGAUCAACCUCCCCCAGCGCCCUUACAUUCGUGGGCCUGGCCCACAGAACCUUGGGAACGCCUUAAUAUUGAUUUCUUGGGACCAUUUCGCAAUAAGUAUUACUUAGUUAUCAUUGACGCUCAUUCUAAGUGGCUUGAAGUGGACAACGUUUCAAGCACUUCAGCAGCCGCGGUUAUACACAGCUUGCGUAAGAUUUUUGCACGUUUCGGUCUUCCAAAGUCCAUCGUGAGUGACAAUGGACCUCCAUUUUCAUCCGCAGAAUAUCUAAAUUAUUUAAACAGGAACGGUAUUAAGCGUAUAUUAGUAGCUCCAUAUCAUCCGUCUAGCAAUGGAGCAGCUGAAAAUGCUGUAAAAUUAGUUAAACAGGUACUUAGAAAGGCGACUAUGGAGCGGGAAGACUAUGAUACCGCGUUAUGUAAAUUUUUAUUUACGUAUCGAAACACGGAACACUGUACGACACAAAAGGAGCCUUCGUUAGCAUUGUUGGGACAUAGAUUGAGAGGUAGACUGGAUUUAUUGAGGCCGGUUAACAAAGACUUAGUUCAGGCACGGCAAAAUCGGCAGGCGACAGGUCGCGACAGAGUUUUGCGGGAAGUACUUCCUGGGGAGUCGGUGUUAGUACGGAAUUAUGGUAAUAAAGAUAUUAAAUGGAAGGAUGCUACUGUGAUAGAGAAAACAGGCCCCGUUUCUUAUGUUGUCAAAACAAAAGAUGAUCAUUUACACAAACGCCAUAUUGAUCAAAUAAUAGGUAAAAAUGUUAGAAAGUCUAGACAUUCUCUACCUAAUAGCAAUAGCGACCCUGGUGUUCUAAAGGAUUUGCCACGUAAUCAUGAUGCAUCUAUUAUGGAAUAUUACAAUAAAGCGGAUAGUUGGUCUACACCUUUAAGUCAAACUAAUAAUGACAGUCCCAGUGUCUCCCCUUCUAAAGAUAUCGAUCAGUCAGAGAGCGAGUACGAUCCGCAGCAGUCCAUACCGAUAGCACAGCCGAUAGCAAACACAGAUAAUGAUAGAGCAAUUGGUAAUUAUCAAAUUGAUGCUGUUACUCACGGUAUGACCUUACGGCCAAGAAAAAAAUGA